AUGUCUAUGGCACUCUUUACGAAACGACUUGCCAAAGAAUUAAGUGACCUUAAAAUUAACCCACCUGUGGGUAUUGAGAUAGAAGAAGCGGAAACCUUCAAAAGUUGGAAAUUGAAUCUCGAUGGUGUCGAUGGGACCUUAUACGCAGGUGAACGGUUCGCCUUGGAGUUUCGUUUUUCUCCGAAUUAUCCUAUGGAAUCACCAGAGGUUGUUUUCGUAGGCAAUAUACCAAUACAUCCUCACGUAUACAGCAAUGGUCACAUAUGCUUAAAUGUCUUAUAUAAUCAGUGGAGUCCUGUCUUAAGUGUCAGGUCUAUCUGCCUUUCUAUACAAUCAAUGCUAUCAAGUUGCACAUGCAAAGAACCUCCACCAGAUAACAGUCAUUAUAUUAGAACCGCGAGGUCUUCUCCGAAACUAACUCAGUGGUCUUUCCAUGAUGAUUCCGUUUAA